AUUGCCUUGGCAAAUACGCCAGAGAAACUGACAAUUACAUACGAAGCUCGUAAGAGGGAAAAAGGUGACACACAAUCCUCUAGAAAAAAAAAACACCAAUUGCGCUGGCCGUUGCUCCACGAGAGUCGACGUUGCAGAACGUUAUCUGAUAUUUAUAGAGGCGGAUUUAUUUUACGCGAGUAG